CGCUGGCUUAAGGAACAGUCCUAUUGAUUAAUCGUAUUUUGUUUAGUGUGCCACAACCUUACCAAGCCAAUAAGGAUAGGUAUGUUUUUCUGCGGCAGAAAGGAGAGAGUAUAGAGUAACAAUUGAGUGUAUAAGAUGUAAAUUACUACAAAAUCUACAACGAUGAACAAAGAAAAACAAGAAAGACGGUUUUCUUCGCAAGAACUACAUCAAUAUCGUGAGCGGUUAAUAAAACAAAAAGAAUUUCUAACCGAGAUAUUAUCUAAAAUUGAGGAACAAAUAGCGGCACUGCAGGUUGAACGAUUGCACUUGAGGAAAACUCUGCUCGGAACAGAAUGUACAAAUCAAGAAAUAUCGCCAAAUUCAUCACAAAGAAAUAACAAAAUAAAGACUGAGCCUGUAAUGAAUGAUACUAAUCUACAAGAUUUAAGCGAACAACAGUUAGACUUAUCUGUACCAACAUCGUUAAAUCUUUUUGAAGAGGAGAUUGAAGAUGACGAAAUAUCUGAGGACGAAAGAAUAAUAGUGAAGAAACUUAAUCUUUUGGAUUAUUAAAUAAAUUAAUACUAUUAUUGUGUUGAUUAAUGCUAUAAUAAAACUGAACAUCAACAUCUAGAUUUAUAGACCUUGUUGGAAUGAUAUUAAUAUCAAUUUGUAUAUACAAGGGUGUCAAAAUAAACUUGCAGUAAUUGCACUA